CCUAGAGGCUCAAGCCAAAAUUGUUUGUUGUGCAGGACAAGUAUGGAUUUAAUGGAAUUGUUUUUCAUCACUCUUGGUGCUGCAGUAGUUGUCUUCUAUGGAAUAAAACUGCUGCUUUUCAGUAGGAUGCUUUUCCCAAAAAUAUGGUUUCCACUAUCACAGUCUUUUUUUACCUCUUUGGGAAAGUGGGCAGUGGUGACCGGUGCUUCAGAGGGAAUAGGAAGAGCAUAUGCAUUUGCACUGGCUGAGAAAGGGAUGAACGUGGUAAUCAUGAGCAGAACUAAAAUAACACUGGACCAGUUGGCUGAAGAAAUAGUUGAUACCACAGGGCAGCGGGUGAAAGUCAUUGUAACAGACUUCAUGAAGGACAACGUCUUCAGUGAAAUCGAGGAUCAGAUUAGGAGCCUCGACAUUGGGGUUUUAGUCAAUAAUGUAGGAAUGCUGCCCAGCUUCAUCCCCUGCAAAUUCCUUGAGACUGCACAGCUGGACCAGACAAUCACAACAGUGAUAAACUGCAAUGUGAAAACCAUGGCAAAGAUGUGCAAAAUAAUCCUUCCAGGCAUGGAGAGCAGGGGUAAGGGGGUCAUUUUGAAUAUUUCGUCUGGAGUUGCCUCCAUUCCUUUCCCCCUGUACACCCUGUAUGCAGCAUCUAAGGUGUUUGUGGAGAGAUUCUCUCAAGGUCUUCAAGCAGAAUACAAAGAUAAAGGGAUUAUUAUACAGGCAGUGGCUCCAUUUGGGGUCUCCACUCGAAUGACAGCAUACCAACAAACCAACAUAGUGACUCUGUCACCAGAAGAGUUUGUAAAAAGCUCCCUGCAGUACCUACGAGCUGGAGACAAAACACACGGAAGUGUCUGUCACAUAGUUCUGGGCUGGUUACUGCAGUCUAUUCCUCUCAAAGUGUUCUAUGCAGAGUCUAUGCUACGCAGCCUGCAGGGCUAUGUGGAGAGGAACGCAGCACUGAAGGCAUCCAUCUGUGCAUCAACUGCAACUUAUGAAAAUGUUAAAAAUAAAUAACCAUAUAUUCCUUCCUUUAACCAUGAUAUUUCUGUAAAUUGAUUAUGAUUACGGAACUAGUGUUGACAAACCUAUGUUUUCUGUUUUUUAAAGAGUGUGGACAGUUGUAACUUGUGAACGUCUUAUUAUUAAUAUUAUUGGUUACUUUACAGCAGUACUUUUUUGUAACACUGUCGGUAAGCCAUCUUCAUGGAAUCUUUUCCAUUAAUGUCAAUAGUUCUUCAGUUUCUAAGGUUUGAAGGUAUUUCGGCAUCUGCUCUUUAUUCCACAUAUACAUCUAUUGAUAUUACACUCUUACAGUAGAGAAUAAUACACUACAUUAUGUAAGUUAUAUUUGAUUUAUAUUAGUUUAAUGGAAUUUACUCUAAUGAUGGCGAUUCAGUGUUUUUUAAGAUAAGUGUGUAGGAUCAAGUCAUAAGUUUGCAGAAUGCAAUCGAAUGAAGAAUUACACACACACACACACACACACACACACACACACACACACACACACACACACACACACACACACACACACACACACACACACACACACACACACACACACACACACACACACACACACACACACACACACACACACACACACACACACACACACACACACACACACACACACACACACACACACACACACACAAAGACACACUUGUAACUGUCAUUAGCAUCCUCCUUGCCCCUUUAAGAUGGAGAAAACAUUGGAUCCGAUGAGAACACCACCAGGCGUCCCUGCCGUAGUGUCAGUAAUUCUGAUAUUCACAAAACAAGCAAAGCCAGCUGUGGGUGGAAGAAAACUGACGAGCUUCUACCAGGUUCCUCGAAAUGAGAACACAUUGCAUAAAAACAACAUAACAUACCAUUACAUAAAAUACAAGGCAUGGCUUUGAUGGGCAGAUGCAGAUACGCAACCGUUUGAAUAUCUCCUACCAGGAUGUCUGACCUGAAGAGUCCCUUAUAAUGGGGUGAACAUGCUGUUUCGACAGCCGUGAUGAAUGAUCCUCCCCAUGAGAGAUAGUGCAGAGAAUAGGAAAAGUGGCUUGAGAAAGAUCGAGAGAAAGGGGGGAGCUCAGAGUGACCCCGAGUUUAGAUGAUCCAUGCCUAGCCUGUCUUUUCAUGUAUCGCAUGUGAUGCUUUUUGAGAGAGCAGAGCACUAUUCACAACAACAACAAAUCUAAAGAUAAGAAUUACAGACAAGAGUGUGUGUGUGUGUGUGUGUGUGUGUGUGUGUGUGUGUGUGUGUGUGUGUGUGUGUGUGUGUGUGUGUGUGUGUGUGUGUGUGUGUGUGUGUGUGUGUGUGUGUCUGUGAUUUCACUAGCAAAGGACAAUUGUUUAAAAAAACAAAUAUAUUUUUGGGAUAAUGGAGUUGUAAACUAUUUUAGUAGACAUUUCUUAGUAGGGGAUUCUAGUUUUUGCUAUUACUUUGGUGUAUUGGAUUUGUGUUGGUUUUAUUUCCUUUUUUGUAUGUAUAUGUAUAAAUGGUCAAUCUUUAAAGGUCACCUAUUAUGCAAAUCCACGUUUUCAUGUAUUUUAUACAUAAUAAUGUGUCCCCUCUGUGUAAAGAGAUUCUGAAACUUUCAGGAAAAAAGAUUCUCUCU